UCGGAGACGAAUUCGGUGAUCCCCGCGUCGAGUAUAUUUUAUUUUCACAAAAAAAUAUUUGUUAAAUAUAAAUUAAUGCGAUAUAACAAUAUAAAGACCAAAAGCUAUGUAUUUAUGCAAUUCUUAAGUUUAAAAGGCUGAGUGAUUAAAAAUUCACCGGCAUGAUUUUACCCAGAAAUGUCAGAGAUAAAGCAUAAAAAUCAAAUAUUGGCUGCCAUAGAUCAUUUACGCGCUAGAAAAUCUAGACCAGACAUAAACAGAAUUUGUAAGUUUAUGCUAAAGUGUUACAAAGUCGCACCGAAAGACACGAAAGCUGACCUAAAACGUUGUUUGAAUGAGAAGAGCAUAUACAAAGUUGAUUAUAAAGAUAAUGUAAGUUACAGAAACGCUGCUACGUGGAGAAAAAAAUCAUCUAUGAAUAACAAGAUGGCUUCGUCGGUUGCGUCUGGUGAAAGAAGAAUAAUUACAUCUGCUAUUGCAACACUUAUUUACCAAGAUCAAACUUUCCUUGAAAAUGGGAUAGCCUUUGAGGAACUUGUAAAGGCAGCAGCUGCACAGGAGUCUAAAUAUUCAAAAAAACAGUUAGAAACAAUUAUUAACAAAGAGUUGGCAUCAGGAAGCCUUGUGAAGUUGCCAAAUGGGAAUUUGGCCUUAGGACCCGCUGAUCAUGACGGAGAUAGUUCUGACAGUUUCAAAUUUGAUAAUGCUGACUCAAAUACAAAGAUGACAUCUUCAGCAAAUUCAUCGUGUAGAUCAUCUCCACAAAGGACCCGAGGGCGUCCAAAGAAAAGAGGUGGAGCCGUUAACAACUCCAGCAGUAACACAGUCCGUAAUGCAGGGGUACGUGUUGGUGAGAGACGCAAAAUGGCAAAAAAAGUAUUUGACCCCUCUGACAACAACAUGCCGAGUAAAAGAAAAAGAGGUCGCCCAGUUGGGUCCUUGAAUAAAAGCACUCUUAAGAAAAGAUUAAUAAGUACUACUUUAAGCAAGUCUGAAAAAGAUGGCUCUGGAUCUGAGGGCCAAGUCUCUGAUGGUAGCGCAGAUGAAAUGGAACAAGACGAGCCUGUCCCACAUGAGACUUCAGGAGGAGUGUGUUCUGUAUGCCUUGUGCAAAAACCAAGAGGAUCUAAUGACAGACUAGUGGAAUGUCGUGAUUGUAGCAACAAAGCUCAUCUUAGUUGUCUUCAAUCAGGAUCUGGAAUUCUUAAACCACGACCUGAUAAUACAUGGCAGUGUCCACAUUGUAAAACAUGUGUUGUUUGCUGUGAAACCAAUGAUGCUGGUAUUUUAACAGUUUGCAGUAUUUGUUCAGAUGCGUAUCAUGCGCUAUGUCACGCGCCGCGCAUACCUGAGAGAUUAAAGGCAUGGGACCAAUGGGAAUGUAAUAAUUGUCUCGAGUCACGCCCUACUGUUGUAGGAUCACCUGCCAUCAUUCCCAGCAACAUGGAAUAUAGUUCCCAGAAAUCUCCAACUCCAAGUAACCCUGUUGAGGACCCAUUCUUAAAGCCACAUGAGUUAGACAGGGCACCAUCAAAACUAGGAGAGGACACACCUAUAGAUCCCAGUAUACCCGACAUAUCAGAUUGGUCUGCUGAUGAUGUAUAUGAAUAUUUCAAAGAACAUCAUCCUGAAGCUGCUCCUAUAUUGAAAGAACAGGAAUUUGAUGGACAAGCAAUAGCAAUGGCACGGAGAGCAGAUAUUGUUAGAGGAUUGGGACUCCCUCUAGGACCAGCACUGGCUUUGUACAGAAUUGUAGUAAAACUACAAACACAGAAAGAUGACUGGACAAUGUGUUGGGGUUGAAAACAACAUUGAAAGUUUGAUUUUUACACCAAAUCUUUUAAUCUUUUACU